ACGGAGUAAUUAAGGCCUGCCUCAGAGUGAGAGAGCACUCCCUGCCCAGCUGCAUAAGGCAAAGCUGACUGAACUACCGCUACUUCGAUCAAGCAUGAAACUCCUGGGGACUGCCUUCUUUUUCCUUGCUGUCCUCUGUGUUUGCACUGUAGGAGAAGAUGACAUUCAAGCCACUACUGUCAAGCUAACCACUACUGUCAAUUCAGCCACUUCUGCAACAACACCAAAAGCUGUGGAACCUGUGAAUACAACAACUUCACAAACAACAUUGGCAGAAUCAGUGCCUACAACAAUUGCAGUCAAAACUACAAAUGAAACCAUCACAAGCAGCUCCACGUCUUCUUCACCUAGUGCUGCAUCACAAACAACACAAGGUACAACAAAACAACCACCAGCAGUGACUACAGCAGCAAGUACAAGUCUCAGCACAGCAAACACCACACAAGCAAGUGUAACACAAUUGGCACAAAAUGAGAGUUUGGAUGCUGCAUCUACUACAGAACAGUCUUUUCCUUCUACGGUCUCUCCAGAAAGAAACACUUCUGCUUCUGGAACCUCAGACCUUCCCAUGAGCUCUCCAACAAGUUCAACAAACCCAACUUCUGAAAGUCCAAAAAGCAGUUCUGGAAACCAGACAGGGAGUGAUAUCAGCUAUUCCAAUAUUAUCUUGCCAAUUGUCAUCACCCUGAUAGUCAUUACCCUCUCUGUCUUCUCACUUGUGGCUUUGUACAAAAUGUGCCAGAAGAAAACUCCAGAGAGACAAGAGAAUGGUGCUGAACAAGCCCAGUCAGAUAAAGAAGGAGUCAAACUUCUUUCUGUGAAGUCAACUUCUCCUGAGACUGGAGAGCACUCAUCUCAUGGAAAGAAUAAAACUUGGCAACUCUUCACAUCUCAGCAAUAAAUACAUGUGAAGCAGCCUGUUUUAUCACAAUAUGCAGGAAUAUCUCACCAAAGCUGUGUUUCAAUGGGAAAUGUGGAGAAGCUGAAGCUUUUUACCAUAAGGACACUUGUGUUAAUGACCAAGUUUUGACUUCUAAAUCUCAAGCAUCUCUUUUCCCUUCUGGAAUGACAUGUAAUUUUUUUGAUGGCUUAAUAACUGGUAUAUCAUGUAUAUUUAUUAUUUUCACAUAUAGUAAAAGCAGGGAAACAAGGUUGAAGAGAAUGUAAAAACAAGAAGGAUGAAGAUAAUGUAAAAAUUUACAUUUGAUGUUUGCAUAGUAGCUACUGAAAAUGUUUUCUGCACACACAGGAAGGAAUAUGUCAGCAUACUUUGUUGAACUUAUGGUAGCUAUGGAUCUUUUAAUUGUGUUUAGCAGAAUACAAACAAGGCCUGACCCUUGAAACAGGACUGGGAAAACAGCCACUAUGAAAAUUAAUUCGGUGAUUUGCAUGAGACUCCUCACUGUAGCACAUGCUUUGCUUGUCAUAAAUGUUUACAGGGUGGGAUGCCUGGCUGAGAUGCUGAAGUGUGGGCUUCUUUUCUGUGAAGGGAGGAAUGUACCUUGCACUGAGGCUCUUUGAAAUUCUGUAAAUUACUGAAUAUAAUCCUUGCAAUGUAGCAGGCAAUAGUUGGUUUUCACCUGAUCCUUGGCUAAUUGCAUUAUGUGCGCUACAAAUAUGACUCCCAUAUAGCCUGGGGCACACAGUGGGAAUCAGCAAGGUAAGCAAUUUCACAGAUGAACCUUCUUCCCUGUGUUCUGAGUAAGGCAUGAGAUUCCUGCAGGUUAUUGAAUAACUGGAAGUUCAAAGAGUGUUUCAAGUGCUAAUUACAGACACACUUAAUUUGUAAAGAGCUGGCAGUUCCAAAAUAUCAAGUAGUGCUUCUACCUGCAUGUACCCUACAUUUCUAGAACUAUAAAUGUUUGAAAGUUAUAUUACUGUGAGCAUCUGCUCAGUCUCAAUCCACUGAUUGUAGCAUUCCAAGAAUUACCUUUUUUUUUUUUAUUUGGAAAUGGAAAGAAGACAACAGGCAGUCUAAGUGCAAGACCAAGAUCCAGGACAAUCAUCUAAGUUUUGAUACCUAUUGAUACAAUGCUUUUGAGGAGCUUUUCUCUCCAAUUUUCUUCUCUGAAAUAUUAAAACUUACCUAGCAUUAUGGUGAGAGAUUGAGCAGAUUUAUUAGUUCACAUCUAUAGACAAAUCUGAGAAGUGUUUAUUUCCCUGUACUUGGCCAUUGCUCUUACUUUCACUUUGGUGGGUCUGAUAAUCUUCUUUCUUAGUGGUGCCAUGAGAGACUUUUGGUGAAGCUCGAUAAAAGAUGGGAAACAAACAAGUGUCCAUGGUGCAGCUGAACUUGUGGUUCAUUCAAGUAUUCCUGGAUCACUUGUAUUCCUCAGGAGCAGAGAAGUCUUGGAUGCCUACUUUGGAAAGGUUGGGCCAUCUAAAAUAUGCCAGUUGGCAUCUGCAACUAUUCUGGUUCAUGAUUGAUGAGGUUUCCUUCAAAAAAACCAGUCAUUGUGGGUUUUCAUGUUGAUUAAAAACUCAAGGUAUUUUGUAGUGUGUUGUAUCAUAGUGAAAGGACAGUAGAGAAAAGCAGAGAAAUAUUGUGAAAUAUCUGUGGUUUUGUGCAAAAUCUGUUCAGAAACUACCAUGUUGUGUCAAAAAAAACCAACUUACUGCCUAUUAAAAUUUAUUAUCUUUAUUAA